GACUAUUAUUUACUGCGGAUGAUGGAUUGGAUGAAAACAGUUUCCUGAAAAUUUGACAGAAGCCGGCUUUUCCUACAUAUAUUUUAUUGUACAAAACAAAAAGAGAAAACAUUAAAAUGGCAACACGUAGUUUAACAGAGGUUUUCAUUUUGAUGAGAAACAAUGCUUUACAAAGUCGUCAUAUGUUUUCAGAACACGUUAAUGAUGACCGGAUGGCACUUGUUUCAAAUGCAGCUUCUGAUAUGGAAAUGGGCAGUAUUAAUACAAAAUCAUCAAGACUGCCUCCAGAAUGGGUAGAUGGUGUAGAAGAGGUGCAAUAUGAAAUGACAAAAAUCAAAACAAAAAUGAAGGAACUUGCCACACUCCAUGACAGACAUUUAAACAGACCAACGUUAGAUGAUAAUGUGCAGGAGGAACAUGCUAUAGAAAUAAUGACACAAGAUAUUACACAGAUGUUUACAAGAUGUCAAAUUACAGUUCAGAGAAUAAGUCACAAAGGUAACCAUGGAACAGAACAGGAAAAAAGACUAGCCAAAAAUAUAGUAUCGUCUGUAGCCAGAUCACUACAAGAUAUGUCAUUAAAUUUUAGAAAAACACAAUCAGAUUACCUAAGAAAAAUUAAAAGUAGAGAAGAAAGGUCUAGAGAAUUUUUUGAUACAAAUAUAGGUCCAAGCUCAGGGUCAUUUAUGGAGGAAAUAGAACCUUUUGAAGAUGUAUUUGACAAGGGUUUUACAUCAUCACAACUACAUAUGGUUGAAGAUAAUACUGUACAUGUAAAACAAAGAGAGAAAGAAAUAGCACAGAUAGUACAGUCUAUAACAGAUCUGAAUGAAAUAUUUAAAGAUUUAGCUACUAUGGUUGUAGAUCAGGGAACAAUAUUAGAUAGAAUAGACUAUAAUGUAGAAAAUGCCAGUGUACAAGUAGAUAAGGGACUACAACAAUUACAGAAAGCUGAAAAAUAUCAAAAGAAAAAUAGAAAAAUGUUAUGUAUUGUUAUAUUAGCAGCUGUUAUUAUAUUAUUAUUGAUUAUAUUGAUAGCUGUCAAAAGAUAGCAUAAGUUGUCAUUUAGAGAUUUUAAUUAGUUUAAUAAAAAAAAGGCUGUGAUUAACUUAAAGUUUAAAAUGGACUUAAGGAAACAUGGGAUUGUGCCAUUUACUAUGCAUUCUGUUGGAGCAGAACGUUAGGUUUUACCUCAAUUAUACUUAAUGUCAUGUAUGAUUUUUAAGAUAUCUUCAAUGGUUUCUCUUCAAGCUAGAUGUUAAAGGUUGAAGUUUCCUUACAUUUAUAUAUAGAUGUGUAUAGAAGAGUCUGUCAGAGAGUCAUCAAAGUUAAAAUUUUGAAUAAUCUAGAUAAUUAGUAUUUUUUAAGUUUAUUGAACAAUUUACAAUAAGACACAGUUGUCUCCAUGACUUUAUGAUGGUGAAACUCUUAUCGUUUUCUAACUUUCCGCCAUUAUCAAAUUAUCUCAUCAAUGGUUAAGUUUGCCAGUUGCCAAUGUUAGGCAAAUUUGAUUUUGUGUCAUUAGUUGCCUCUAUUUUUGUUUUGUCAACUAUGGUUCAUCUAAUUGCAAAACCCCUAUUGUUAAUCAACAAUGCCCUCCAAGUUACUAUUUUAUCGACCCUAGGGGCUGUCAUGCUAAUGACAGCUCAUCACUUUUUCCUGUUUUCACACCUGUCAGGAGAAUAUAUUGAUCAAGUUUGCAUGAUGACUUCAUUAUUUAAUUUUAUUUAUUUUGCAGCAAAAGCUAUCCACAUUUUGAAUUUAAAAUUACGCAAGUAAAGGGAUUUUAAAGUGGUUUUAUGAUAUUUUGUGUCUAUGACAUUUUAUCUGUAGAUUAUAUUAUUAUUCACUGUGCAAUAACUAGUUACUGUGUUCACCACUGUGUAUUGUCAAUUCAUAUAUUUCUGUGUGCAUUUAUUAUUGCAACUGUUGAACUAUGUACAAAAAUAUGAGAGUUUAGGAAAGACUACAUACAAAUGAUGAUAUCAAAAUUUAGAAUGAAAGUUAACUUUACAGUAAGUUAGUAAUGUUGUCAAUCUAGACAUCGAGAGGCCGAUGCAUAACUUUCAACAAUGGACAAUAGUCCAUACCAGAUAACAAGCCCUUAAUAGUGCCUCAUUUGGUGGUCUUGUGGUAGUGUGUUUGCCUCAAGGCGGGAGGUUGUGGGUUCAAACCCCAACUGGGUCAAACCACAGACUUUAAAUUUGGUAUUUGUUGCUUUUCUGCUAAGCAUGCAACAUUAAGGAGUAAGAGAAAAGACUUGUAGGCUUGUCCUGAAUAUUCAUUAAAUUUGCCGCUGGAUGUUCAACAUCCAUCAUUAUCGGCAUCUUAUAAUUAAUAGCCAAGAAUCUAGACAAAUAUAGAUUUUCGUUAGAUUAAGGUGGUACAUAACACUACAGGAAGAUAACUCUGUAAAAAUCAGCUGAACGUUUUAAUCACGUUCUAUUGUUAAGGAAAUAUUAAGCUUCUCAAUGAUCAAAGUUAGUGUUUGUCAAACUGCUAUAUAUCCAAUGAAAUUUUUCUGAUAAAGUGUGUGGUUCAAGUUUUUUGAAAUUGUUAUAUUUUUGUCAAAGGGUCAAAGGAAAUAUAUUGUCAAAAUUUUAUGAAUUAAAAUAUUAAACGAAUCAAAUUAAUUUUAAUCAAGGUGUUUGGUACCACCUUAACAAAGUUAAAACAUAAAAGUUAUACCUUUGACUGAUACAUAAUUUGUUGAUUAUUGAUUAGGGUUGAUGCAAUAAAUACUGUUAAUGACAGCAUACACUUGACGACAACUUUGGUUAAAUCUGUAAAACAUGUCCUUUAAAAACAAGGGGGGGGGGGGGGGAUAAUUGAGCAUUUUUCCGGAAAUUUUAACAAAGGUAGAAAAUAUUAAAACAAACAUGUAUUCAAGGGAAAUGCUAGAGGUUGUAAUAAUAUACUGUUAUUUGAUUACAUUGUAUUUGAACAUUCACUUUUUUUUUUAAAUAUUCCAUCUUAGAGGGUUUUUGUUAUGAAAUGUUUUAGGAAAAUAGUGGUUAUGAUGUGGACUGUUACAUUAUAUAUAUGUAACUCGUGUUAUUUUGAAAAAUCUUUUUCAAGUCUUAUCUUUCAUGUGAAAUAUCAGUAAAAUUUGUUGAAAAUCAAAGUCUACCAAAUUGAAAUACGUGAUGAAAUUCAUGAUAACAUAUGAGGUUAAUGCCAUAUCUUGAAAGGUUGGCUCCAUAUUUGUGGCAUUUCGUUUCAGAAAAAAAUCUUUAAUUUAAAUUUGCUAUCAUCGAAAUAUAAUAGUUCAUUCUUUUAGAAAAUUCACAAUUUAGAAUCUGUCAGUUUUCAGUAUUUAUCAAUAUUUUAAAUGUGUUAUAUAUAAAGUAAAAUAUAAAAAAUAAGGAGAUGAUUUCAGUAUUAUUUAUAUUGAUUUUCUGUGCAGUCUGUAUGAUAUUGACUAGAGGAAAGAUGUUUUACAUAAUAUGUGUAUGUUUAGUUUUUGUUCAAUAUGUAAAAAGUGAAAAAGUAAGCGGAUAGUUACAAAGUUUGUAUUGAAAACACUUUUUAAGUAUUGUUUAUUUCACCAUUCCUGUAAGAAAUAUACACAUUCCAAAAUAGUCUAGUCAAUACUGUCAUUAUAUUAAAUGUUGUCAUAUUGUACAACAUUAUACAUGUAAUAUGAUGUAAAACAUGUUGGGAUAUAUAUAUUACAUUAAAACUAUGUUGAAUAGAAACAAAGUGACAUUUCACUGUGAUCAAAAUUUGUAUUUAAAAAAAUUUUGAAUUGCGUUUCAAAAAUUCAUUUUUAAAUAUGAAGACAAGUAGGGGCAGAACAAUCAGAAUUUUUAUAAAUGGAUGCACAUAUAUCUAUUGACUAAAUUGCUGUCAAAUAAGGUUUAAACAAAUAAAAUAAAGAGUUCUGGUUUUCGCUGUGUUUAAUACAUAACAAGGAUGAAAAAAUGCACAACCUAUCUCUUUUGGCAUCAUGUCAAUUCAUUAUGGAAAACAUUCUAAUUUUUGUUUAGAAAACUGUAACAAUAUUAUAUUAAUAUAUUUCCGUGAAAUUUUUAGCUUCUUUGUAAAACCAUAUCUGUUUUGUUUGUUUGUUCAGCACAGUUCAUGAUUCGUGUAACUCAUUAUUGGCAACAAAAAAUUGCAUUCAAUGUAACUACUGUUACAAUUUCACAAAAUAGUGGUAAAACUUAUACUUACAUGUGUGUAUUAUAUAUACUUUUGUUAUGUAUACAUAUCCUGUGUUGUUUAGUGAAAUGGUAUCUAUAUAAAAGUAAGGAGAUGUGGUAUGAUUGCCAAAUGAGACAAUUAUCCACCAAAGUUCAAAUGAAGUUGAUGUAAGCGAUUAUAGGCAACUGUACAGCCUUGACAAUGAGAAAAAACCCAUGCCGUAAAGUCAGCUAUAAAGGGCCCAACAUAAAAAAUAUAUAACAAUUCAAUUGAGAAAAAUAUUGACCUAAUUUAACAAAACCAUUUGUUAAAAAACAAAUAUGACAGACAUGAACCAACGACAACCACUGAACUUCAAGCUCCUGACUUGUUACAGCUGAUGUAAAGACCUUAUCACUAUUUGUCAAUCUGUGACACUUGACCUGAGAAUUUGCAUCAUUUGAAUUAUUGAAGCCAUACAACAACCAUGUUUCUUUUGGGGUGUCAGACGUAUUCUCUUGUGAGUCCAGAUUUUAUAGGAACAUUCUUGAGGUCCAGUAAUGGCAGACAAAUAGCGAUAAGAUGUAUUGAUCUGAUGAAGUAUUCUUAAAUUGUGCAGCAGUAUUUUAUUUUAUGAAAAUAUAGUAGGGGAUGUUGAAAAAAGAGUAAAAUUGACAAUAUCUUAUAAAUUGAGCAUUUUUAAACAAGCAUUUUCCUUGUCCAAUUAAUGAUACAAAACAUUUACAUGUCUACUAAAUUACAUAAAACUAUAUAGACAUGAUAGAGGUAAGUAGAGCCAUUAUAAGUAAUAAUGUAAGUUUAUGAAAUAUACGGUAAUAUAUUUUUACUGCUGUGAAAACCUUAUGUUAAGAUUUUAAAGUCUUUGUUUUCGUAAUAGUGGAUUAUGUGUGACUCUUAUCCAGAUUGUUGACACAAAGGCUAUAUAUUUACAUUUAUUAUUAUCGUUACAAUAUAAACAACUGAUCUCCACUGGAACAGAUCAUCCCAACCUAUCAAAAUUAUAGAAGGGAUCAAGACUAACUACGGUCAAUGACAAAUAAGAGUAACUCCUAUCUGAUAGAUGCAGGUUCAGCAAUCUGAUUUUCUCCAUACAACAGAUUGCCAUUAAAUUGAAGACUGUCAAUCGGACAAUCAAACCAUAUGUACAUAUAUCAAAACCACAGCAAAAUGUUUUUUUCUCCUUUUAAGCACUGUUGAAAUCCAAAUUUGUCAUUGCAUUUGGAGUUGUUAAUCAAAACAGUACUGCCACUCAGUACAAAUUUAAACUGUAAAGGUUUUGUACAUCUUAAAUUUUUAAACUACCUAUUUAAAUGAAUUUUUAAUGGGAAGAAUUUCUUUUUUGGUUUAAUACAAGUUUUUUUGUAAAGAUUUGAAUGGGUAUAGAUUGCCCCAUCAAUUGUGGAUGAAUUGGUCUGAUUUGUAUGGAGUAACCACACACAUGUCUCUAAAUAAAACAAAUAUUUGUACGAGGCUCAGAAAAAGGUAGAAAUGUAAGGCUUGCUAAGCAUUCUAUCCUGGUUCUAGCGGAGCACAAAACAAUUUUAUUUUAGAGAUAAUGUUGGUUAUUCCUUUAACUGCAACAUUCAUAACUAAAUCUUUUUGGUGAAAAUUGUGAAUUUUGGACAUGAAGCCGCAAUCUAAAGAAUUCCUCAAGCCUGUAUUCUUUCAUAAAGUCAUUAAAAAAAUCAAUAUAGAAACAUAAUGUUCAUGUCAUAAACAAUGCUUAUACGGUCAGUAACUGUUUUUUAAAAAUAUUUAUAUUUGACUGUGCAAAUAGCAUGGUUACAAUAUAAAUGACUAUAUUAUGUCUAUAUCAUAUAAGAAAUAAGUAAUACUUAAAUAUUUUAAAUAUAAGUUAUCAAUUAAAAUUGAAAUAAAGCAAAUUAUUUUGUUAACAAAA